UCGGUGCCGCUGCCGGUGCCGCUGCCGCUGCCGGGGCCUCCCUCGCUGCGGGGCGGCCCCCGAGGCCGCGGGCGAUGCCCCCCGGGCGGCCCUGAAGCACCGAGAGCUCCGCCAUGGACGAGGCCGAGCCCGCGGCGGGGGACGCGGCCCCGGCGGCCGCCGAGGCCUCACCGGGGGACGGGCGGGGGAGGCCCGGGGCCAAGCGGGUCACGUUCCCCUCGGACGAGGACAUCGUGUCCGGGGCUGUGGAGCCCAAGGACCCCUGGAGACACGGUGAGGGGGCAGAAGAGACCGGGAAGGGACCGAGAAGGGACAGCUGGGACCGUGAGGGGACAGCGGGGACUAAUUUUGCCGACCCCUGGUUCGGGGGCGUGGGGGCCAUCCCCCCACCCCAGGCCUGCCUCAAGCUCAACUGCCGCCAGAGCCCCAAGCUGCUCAAGCAGAUCCAGGAAUUCAAGGACCUGGCUCCCAGGAUCGACUGCUUGGAUCUCAAGGGAGAAAAGCUGGAUUACCGCUCCUGCGAGGCCAUGGAGGAGAUUUUCAAGCGGCUCCAGUUCAAACUGCUCGACCUGGAGCAAACCAGCCUGGACGAGGACGGCGCCUCGGCUCUCUUUGACAUGAUCGAGUACUACGAGUCGGCCACGCACCUCAACAUCGGCGCCAACAAACACCUGGGCCCGCGGGGCUGGCAGGCGGCCGCGCACAUGAUGAGGAAGACCAGCUGCCUGCAGUACCUGGACCAGCUGCCUGCAGUACCUGGGGCCCGAACAUGCGCAGCGCUGGAGCCCUCGGCUGGCGCUGUUGCGCCCCCUCGCAUCAGCAGCAGCCUCGUGGUGCUGCACCUGGAGAACACCUCACUGUCCGGGAGGCCCCUCAUGCUGCUCGCCACGGCGCUGAAGAUGAACGUGACGCUCCGGGAGCUGUACCUGGCUGACAACAAGCUCAACGGGCUGCAGGACUCGGCCCAGCUCGGGAACCUGCUCAAGUUCAACGGCUGCAUCCAGAUCCUGGACCUGCGCAACAACCACCUCAUGGACUCCGGCCUGGCCUACAUCUGCGAGGGGCUGCGGGAGCAGCGCCGGGGUUUGGUGACCUUGGUGCUCUGGAACAACCAGCUGAGCCACGCCGGCAUGGCCUACCUGGGCAUGACCCUGGUGAGCGUCCCGGCGUUCCCGCGUUCCCGCGUUCCCGGCGUUCCGGGCGUUACCACGUUCCCGGCGUUCCCGGCGUUCCGGGAAAAAUGGGCCGUGGCCGUGGCCGAGUUCGUGGCCGAGCCCCGGCUGCUGCGCCUGGACCUGCGCGAGAACGACAUCAAAACCGGGGGGCUCAUGGCGCUGUCGCUGGCGGUGCGCGUCAACCACUCCCUGCUGCGCCUCGACCUCGACCGCGAGCCCAAGAAGGAGGCCGUCAAGAGCUUCCUGGAGACGCAGAAGGCGCUGCUGGCCGAGAUCCAGAACGGCUGCAAGCGGAAUUUCAUCCUGGCCAAGGAGAAGGAGGAGAAGGAGCAGCAGCUCCAGCACUCGGCCUCCAUGGCCGAGAUCUCCGGCGGCGACCCCGAAAUUCCCGAAAUCCCCGAAAUUCCCGAAAUUCCCGAGGGCGUUUCCCCCGGCCCGGAGGAGAACGGCAACGCGGCCCCAGCCGGAGAUUCCAGCUCGGACACCGAGGAGGAGGAGGAGGAGGAGGAGGAUGGGAAGGACUCGAGGGAGGUUGUGGAAUCUUGCGGGAAUUCCGGGAAUUCCGGGAAUGGCGAGCGCAGGAUUUCCGUCUCCAGCCCCGGCAGAGGCCGCAAGAUCUUCGUGGUGACGCGGGUGGAGAACGUUCCGGAAGGAUCCGGGGCCGUUCCCAAGGAACCUGGGACUGUUCCUGAGGCAUCUGGAGAUGCUCCCAAGGGAUCUGGAGGCGUUCCCGAUGGAUCUGGAGCCGUUCCCAAUGGAUCCAGGGCCGUUCCCGAUGGAUUUGAGACUGUUCCUGAAGGAUCUGGGAUCGUUCCUGAUGGAUCUCCGGUUGUUCCUGAAGGAUCUGGGGGAAUUUCUGAUGGAUCUGGGGUUGUUCCUGAUGGAUCUGGGAUUGUUCCUGAUGCAUCCAGGGUCAUUCCUGAUGGAUCUGGAGCCGUUCCCGUCAGAUCCAGCUCUGUUCCCGAUGGAUCCGGCACCGUUCCUGAUGGAUCUGGGACAAUUUCUGAUGGAUCCAGGGUUGUUCCCAUUGGAUCCAGCGCCGUUCCCGAUGGAUCUGGAGCCGUUCCUGAUGGAUCUGGAGCUGUUCCUGAUGGAUCUGGGAUUGUUCCCCAUGGAUCCAGCACCGUUCCCCAUGGAUCAAGGGUUGCUCCUGAUGGAUCCGGGGCCGUUCCCGAUGGAUCCAACAUGGUUACUGUUGGAUCCAGGGUUGUUCCCAUCGGAUCUGGGGCUGUUCCCGAUGGAUUUGGAGCCAUUCCCGUCAGAUCCGGGGCCGUUCCUGACGGAUCCAGCGCUGUUUCCAUCGGAUCCGGGGCCAUUCCUGAUGGAUCCAGGGCCGUUCCCGUUGGAUUUGGAGCCGUUCCCAUCGGAUCUGGGGUUGUUCCCGAUGGAUUUGGAGCCGUUCCCGAUGCAUCCAGGGCCGUUCCCGUCAGAUCCAGCACCGUUCCCGUUGGAUCCGGGUCCGUUCCCGAUGGAUUUGGAGCCGUUCCCGCCGGAUCCGGGGCCGUUCCCGAGGGGAUUCCAUGCGGGAGCCCCUCGCGGGAUUCGCCGCUCCCCAACGGGCUCAAGGCCGACUUCGCCCGCGCGCUGCCGGAGCCGGGCCCGGAGGGCGACGGGAAAUCGGGAACGUGCGCGGCCGAGCACGAGCUGAGCUGCUCCAGGAACGAGCAGGAGCUGCAGGAGCUGCUCCUCGAGGCCAGCCAGGACACGGCUGCGGAGCCGCUGUGACCCCCGCAGGUCCUGCAGGGGGGAGGCUCCGGAGCUUUUUUCCCCCUUCUCUCCGCACAAGAUUCCAACCAAACCUCGGGAAUUUCGGGACUUUGCUUUGGGAAAAAGGAAAAAAAAGAAAAAAAAA